CUAUUCGUUUCAGGGCUUGCCAAUGCCUAUUAGAUGGUUGUUGUUGGAAUCGUCCGAGAUAACCGACAGGAUAGCAAAUGUCCGGUCGAACGCUCAGCAUCACGUACGUAAGCGACCCAAGCAACUCUCGGUACGGUUGCUUUACUUCGUCUCCUUCUCGAUUUAGCAUCAGGCUGUUGGCGAACCCCUCGACGAUUUCGCCGGCCGAAGAGUGAGCUCCGGUUACGCCCCGUACAAAAAAAAGGAGAGCAUAAUUGGAUUAGCAGCUGUCAAAAAUAUGGAGCAGGAUUAGGGGUAAAAGGGAGAUAUGAGGGGAGACAAAUGAAUUGGAAGUUGGAUAAAGCAGAAGUCAUUUGAAGAUAAGUUGAAAUUAAAACUAAAAUUUGAUAGUUGUAGCGGUGCAUUUAUUAAAAAUCGAUCUAAAUUUGAAUUCGCUUGCACUAAGCAACUAAAGGUAUGAUGGCAUUAUAUUGAUUAUACGAUUAUUAUUAAUGAUUAAAUUCUAAAAUAGAUCCCAAGUUAACCACGUUGAGACAGACCUCUAUAAUUCCGAUUGUGAUUCCGUUUGAUCACCAAAAUCUUUGAAGCUGCAUUGAAUGUUGCUGAAAAAGAGGUGUUUCAUUGAUCGGAGACGGAGAGAUUUGUCCUUAACAAAUCUUCAAAGAUUUUGAGGUUGGAUUUAACGUGUAGCAACAUCUCCAGAUAAUGGAUCUGGAAAGUCAUUGCAUGAUGUGUGACAGGCCGGACAAUGCCGAUGACCUUGUCCAAUGCGAUAAAUGCGACGGAUACGUGCAUUUUACAUGCGGCGAUGUUAGCGACUCGAUUGCCGAUACAAAUCGGAGUUUCACCUGCCAGAGGUGCAUCGAGAAACUGGAGGCCAUUACCGUUUCAUCACACCAGUCCAGUAGACGAUCUAGCUCGGCUACCCGCAGUAGCAUGAGCGCCGCCCGUUUGACGCUGCGCUUGCAACAGCUGGAAUCAGAACGGCAAACCCGGCUGCAGGAGUUAGAAGAUGCUGAAAAGUUUCAGCGUUUACGCAGGCAGAUAGAGGCUGACUUCGAGAAGCAGAAGCUCGAAACACUCGAAGCCCAGCUUCUGGCAGAGGAGGAAAACCGUAGUGUUAGGAGCAGAGUAAGCUCCAGGAUCGUCCGAGAAAACACUAGUAAGUGGAUUGGAACAACCAGGCAGUCGGUGGGCCCAGAAGCCACCUUGGCCACCGUUUCAGUAUCCAAUCCUGUUCCUGACGACGAUCAAACCCGUGACCAAGGAGAAUUCCAGCUUCAAGCGUCGGAGAGCGGUGUCAAACCUGAUAAAUCGACCCAACCAACUGGGGUUUCUACCGGAAUACCAAGUGCCGAGGACAGAGCUGUUCCUCAUCGAGUCGUCGUUCAGCCAGAAGAUUUGCAGUCCCACUCUUCCGUACAGCACAACCCAGCGGUCUUCGAAACAACGUGCAACGUAGUGAUCCAGAACGAAAACCCAUCAAGGCCAGUCUCCACGGUAGCGAGCAAGCAGCUCGGAGCAACAAGUUCAUCGCAACCGCGGUGUGCAGUAGCCUAUGCCGACGUUGGACUAGAGGUAACACAAACCGUACCUUCAACAGAAUCAGGCCCAGCAGCCGCAUCGAUGACCAGAUGUAGCUCCGGUGCGUCGAACAUCGUGGAUGCCCGUGCUCUCGAAUUGUCUACGGCGCAGAAGCACGUAGGAAAUCAGGUCAGAAAUAGAAUUAGUUCCCCUAAUGUCAGGCUGCAAACAAUUGUAGAAUCUGUUCAAACCAGCACACCAAAACCACGGUUAGUAGCAGGAGAUCCAGGCCACUUUGAAUCUCAGUUAGGGUCUAGAAGUAAGCUCAUAAGUCAUGCUAGGUCAGCAAACCAGGGUUUUUUGCAAAAUGUCCUCCCUGGUCAAACCGCACCAGUUGGCGACCCUCCCCCUGAAUCCAAUGCAUCAAUAUCAGUCAAUUUUCCGGGGCAGGUGCAAUUUUCGAAGUCAAAUCUGUCUAAAACCAUGGCGACGUCGGGGAGCCAGUGUAUCGAAACGAAAUCGUCGGGAUGCGUGCAACCAUCGCGAAACAAGCAGUGUGUCGAGAGAAGUUCCUACAAUUCUAUUCCACCGUCGUGCAGUGAAAAUCACCAUCCCGUAAUCGAGAAGCAAACAAACGCGUCAAUGCAGUCAAUUAGUGAAAACCAAAACACAGUGUCAGAUCAUCCUCAUCCAGUACAACGAACCAGUUAUCGACUCCCCCAGCGGGACCAAGCAGUACUACGACCACCUCCGGGAUAUGAGAGGUUUAUGGCUAAGCCAACAGUUGCACCCCAACAACUGUGGGCGACGCAGGAUUAUCAGCAACCAGAAUCACGACCUUCAAAUACCUGUGGAUCUCAGGAAGGGUUUUCAGCGAAUCUAUCAGCACUGCCGUUAUCAUCUAGGGUUGGAAACCCAUUCGGGUCGGUAAAUAGACGAACUGGACCCACAGCCGAGCAAUUAGCUGCACGCCAAGUCAUUCCAAAGGAGUUGCCGAUAUUCUCAGGAGAUCCACAGGAUUGGCCUCUAUUCUUCAGCUCGUUCAACAACUCGACCGAAGCAUGCGGAUUCAACGACGCCGAGAACCUGGCAAGGCUUCAGAAGUGUCUUCGAGGGCACGCUCUGGAGAGUGUUCGGAGCCGUCUACUGAUUCCCGAGUCCGUGCCAUAUGUGAUGUCUAUGCUGGAACGUCUCUUCGGUAGGCCGGAGGUCAUAAUCCAUUCCUUGUUGAAACGAAUGCGAGAAAUCCCUUCACCCAAAAGCGAUGAUCUUAAAAGCCUCAUAAAGUUUGGGAUGGGAGUGGGUAACUUGGUAGAGCACAUGAUUCUCGCAGAUCAGCGGCAGCAUAAGCAACCCGAUGCUGCUGCAGGAAAUGGUGGACAGACUUCCCCCAGGCCUAAAACUACAAUGGGCGUCUCACAAGCGGAGUUACCAAACUGUAGACUUGUCAGUAUUCAAUGACUUCAUG